AUGAGCUUUAGAUCAGGUCAGAUUGUGUGGAUCAGCGAAAUUAAUAAUGAUCCCUCUGCUCAUCUCAAUACUUGUGUUCGAGUUACUGGCUUUUUGAGCAGUUUGGAUCUUGAUACAAAAAGGGCCACUUUGAUACACAACGGACAUUCGAUUAUAUUGGAUGUAUCACUGGUUGAAUCAUUUCAAUAUCCGUUGCAAACACUUGUUCAAUGUAUAGGAGAUGUAGCCCACUACAACGAGGAAUUAUCAAUGGCAACCGUGUUGGUCAAGGUCUCUCGUGAUCUCAAUAUUGUUGAUCUGGAGCUGUAUGAACGAGCAGUUCAAUAUCGACGAUCUUGUGAAGCAUCUAUACUAUAG